GGCGGGUGGGUACCUGAUUAUGACGCAGAAUACUAUACCCUAAGUCUCCCGCGCCAUUUCCCCCCAGAGAGAGAUAUUUCAUUUCCACGCUCGUUCCGAAUGAUCUCUGUCACUUCUUGCCGAUCGCGCUCUCGGCGUACCUGCCUGCCCUCAUAACUCAUCCGUCUUGCCCGUUUCCACGCCCCUCGCCCUCGCCCCUCGAACGUAACCAGCAUCUGCUGCGUGGAGGUUUCAGAUAUAUAAACAGUGGGUCGAUCUAUUGGGGUCUGUUGGAGACUGUUGCAUGUGCUUUCUUUGCACCGAGGCCGUUUUAAACGUUUGCCUGCGUACUUCCUGCUCUCGGCAGGCGAAGGGAGUCUCAUUGUGUUUUCGUCGAGCGGUUUCUACGAUCAAGUGAGGAGAGAAGAUAUGAGGCGCCGGAGUCCGAGUUACAGCCCUCCUCCGAGGAGAGGUCAUGGAGGGCGUGGGCGAAGCCCCAGCCCGAGCAGAGGUCGAUACGGACGCCGUGGCGACCCACCGACAAGCCUCUUGGUCAGGAACAUUCCUCGUGACUGCCGCAGGUCAGAGGAUCUGCGCUUGCCGUUCGAGCGGUAUGGAGUCGUGAAGGACGUCUACUUACCGAAGGACUACUACACUGGGGAGCCUAGGGGCUUUGGGUUCGUCCAGUACAUGGACCCAGGUGAUGCAGCUGAGGCGCAGUACCAUAUGGAUCACCAAGUCAUUAAUGGCCGAGAGAUUACUGUCGUAUUUGCGGAAGAGAACCGCAAGAAACCGCAAGAGAUGAGGUCGAAGGAGCGUAUCAGGGGUCGUCCUGGACACAGUGGAUCAUCUCGCCGCAGAUCGCCGUAUUAUGUUCGAUCGCGAUCUCGCUCACCUCGAUAUUCAGGAUCCCCGCGGAAAAGCCGCCACUCAAGGUCAUAUACACCAACUGACCGCGGUCAUCGUCGGUCAUAUUCUCCGUCCCCUUCUGGCAGCCGCAGGCGAGGUAGGAGUGGUAAAAAUCACUCUCGCUCUCCGUCUCCUGCACCGCGGAAGGAGCGAGUCCGAAGCCCAACACCCAACGGCAAGUCUGUGUCGCCCGCCGUUCGAUCACCUGCUCCACGGUCCCCUCCUCGUUCUCACCCUCGUUCUCCUCCGCCGUCGCGCUCGCAUCCACGGUCUCCUCCCUCUCGAUCCAAGGAGCCUACGAGCAGGGCGUCGGCAGGGAGGGAGUAUGGAACUUCAAGGUCGCCAAGUGUUUCACCUCCCCCUAGGCAUUCCCGGCGGUCACCCAGAGGGUCACCUUGAGUGAAGGUUAUAUUAGCUCUUCGAUGUUCAGAGUUGGAAGCAUUGUAGUGUCGCCUUCAAUUGUUCAGUUUUGUACCUCAUGUGAAAGAUAGAUUUCGAGCUAGCAGCAGAUAAUGCUGUGUCUACAAACAUGCAGCUUUGUGCCUCGUGAGAGGAUCCAUUGGGGGCAGCACAGCAUAGUGUCUACAAACAUGCAGUUUUGUACCACAUGUAGGAGGUUCAUGCAAAGUUCCGCGAGAGAGCUCAUGGAGGGUGGUUGCUAGUGGUGUGCUCGAUCAUUGUUGCAACUUGAUGAGUGGAGUCCAUAUGCUUCUGGAGUAAAUUUGACGAUUAGUGCAGCUUUGACCAUGAGUAAUCAUGAAUGUAGCUACUGUAGGUAGAGUGCCUGGGUUAUUCAAUUUUCUUUCCCAAAUAGAGGUGAACAAAUCCUCGUCUCAGUGUACAUUUUCCCUUAUUUUCUCGAAAUCUGAAGUCUGAA